AUGGACGGUCUCUUGCUCAACACCGAAGACAUCUACACCCUAUGCGCUGACAAUGUCCUUCUCAAACACGGCCGACCGCGGCUCCCGUGGUCCGUCAAAGCGCAGCUCAUGGGCGUUCCUGGCAGUUCCACGGGCGAUGUCUUUCAUCAAUGGGCCCAGCUGCCUAUCUCCCGAGAGCAGUAUGCAAGAGAACAGGGCGAGCAACAAAAGAUCCACUUUGCCGAAUGUGAACCGUUGCCCGGCGUCGAAAAGCUCCUCCGGGAUCUAAACAGUGCUCGAACCACCGCCGGCCUGCCCGUGGAGAUAGCACUGGCGAGCAGCACCUCGAAGCACAACUACGAUCUCAAAGUGGUGCGGCCCGAGUCCAAGGCCCUGUUGGAGUUAAUACCUAAGGAACAUCGUGUUUUGGGCGACGAUCCACGGGUGCGCAAGGGUCGGGGGAAACCGGCACCUGAUAUCUACUUGUGCGCUCUGCAGAUUCUCAAUUCCAAGCUCUCGGAAGGGUCGCCUCCCAUUGCACCAGAGGAAUGCUUGGUCUUUGAGGACAGUGUGCCUGGAGUCGAGGCCGGGCGGAGGGCCGACAUGAGAGUCGUGUGGGUCCCACACCCUGGCUUAUAUGCUGAGUUCAGAGACAGGAAGCCCGAGGUGCUUGCUGGGAGGUCUGGUCUCGUCAAAAUUGGCGAUGAAGAGCAGCUGGGUGAGGUUGGCGACGGAUGGGCAGAGUAUCUGGCCAGUCUGGAAAACUUUCCCUAUGCAAAGUUUGGCAUCGAGGUCCAUUCUAUGCAAGACAGGAUAGAGCAAGGCUGGGCCGAAGUUGAGCCGGGCCAGGCUUGGGCAAAUAGAGCGGCAAGAAGGCCAGACCCGCAGCCGAAGUCUUUGAUGAAAUGA